UAGCGUUAUCUCGAUUUAGCCCUAACCUAUACGGCUGCUUCACCCAGAUUUCCUCAUCCUUAAUAGAAAAGAAGCAAAAACCCUAAUUUUCUAAUCUCCACACAGUUAUUACAGCUUCCCCUUUAGAUUCUAUGAUUUCUCAUCUCGAACCCUAAUUUUCAAUUUGUUAGAUCUCUUUCCAUUUGUUAAUCCGCGGUUAUUGUCCGAAGAAGCUUGUUUGUUAUUUGCUGUCGUUUUGAUCUGAAGUAAGAUGGCUGGAGGUGGAAACAGGAGAGACGAAGGAUCGAUUACGAUCCAGAGCACCAAUUUGUUUGCAGCUUUGGACACUCGCAAGAAGAAGAAGAAGACAGACAAAGCUGGUAAGAGCAAAGGUUCCUCCUCUAAGAGCAAAGAGCCAGAGAAGGAGCAGCCUGAGCCACAGGUUUUCUGGGCACCUACGCCUUUGAAAGUUAAGUCGUGGGCUGAUAUCGAUGAUGACGAUGAAGAUGAUGACUAUUACGCUACCACUGCUCCUCCUACCUCUGCUUGGACCACUUCUGAGCCUAAAGACACUCAUGUUGAGGAAAGUGAAAGUGAGGAAGAUGUAGUUGAUGAAGUUGACGAUGACGUGGAUGAAGAGCAUGAACAUGAAACAGAGGUACAAGUUCAUCCGGAACCAGAACCUGAGGUGAAGAAAGCUCCUGAAGUUCCUGCACCUCCUAAAGAGGCAGAGAGGCAACUUUCAAAGAAGGAGAGGAGAAAGAAGGAACUUGCUGAGCUUGAGGCUUUGUUGGCAGAUUUUGGAGUUGCCCCCAAGGACGAUAAUGUUCAAGAAGACUCUAAAGAGGCCAAAGAAGAAAAGAAAGAAGAGAUCAAUGGAGAGGGAGAGAAGAAAGAGAAUGCAGCAGGUGGGGAGUCAAAGACAUCAAAGAAAAAGAAAAAGAAGGAUAAACAGAAGUUGCUGGAGGUGAAAGAAUCUCAAGAACAACAAGCUAACUCAGACGCUGUAGAUGAAGCUGCUGGGUCUGAACCUACUGAGGAAGAAUCUGCUAUUGAUGUCAAAGAAAAGCUGAAAAAGAUUGCGUCUAUUAAGAAGAAGAAGUCAAGCAAAGAGAUGGAUGCCGGAGCGAAAACUGCUGCGCAGGAGGCAGCGGCAAGACGUGCAAAGCUGGCGGCUGCAAAGAAGAAGGAGAAGAACCACUAUAACCAACAGCCUGUGCGGUAAGACCUGAAUCACCACCAUUUUGAUCUUUGAUGGACAUACGGAUAUGGGCAUGUAUUUGGCCGUGUUUUGUUCAUGUAGGUCUUCUCUGCUUUAAUAAAUCCUUUGAAGGUUUCUGGUUUUAGAGUUAAAACGCACAUUGAAUCCUUUUUUCUAGUCUUAUUAUGAUGGACAGUCUAAAGACAAAAACUUGAAAAUUUCGUUUCUCUGUAAACUUUUGUCCUUUUUAAUCUCAGACCUUUUUAGGUGCGAUGGAUUUACGUUCUUUCAAAUUAUCUUUUUAUGUAUUGUUUGAUGGUUGCUUUAUUCUAUGGUCUUAUGAUGAUCGUGUGUGCAAUAAAGAUCUCGUUUCUUU